AUGCUUCCUUCAAGUGGUAUGAAAAGCCAAGAUAAAUACUUAGCUUGGCAUGAGAUGCUUGUGGCAUGGAAGCAAAACAGUCAUGAGUUUAGCAUUAAAGAGAGAGAGAGAGCUGUGAAUUCCUAUGAGAAACAGGGUGGCUCUGUCAAGCUCUGGAAUGGUUUACCAGAAAAGAAAAUGGAAGAGAUGGAGGAAUUGGGGAUCGAAAUUGCAGAGGUUUCUGGGAUGAGAGAUGAAGCUUGCUCUCUAGUUGUGUGUUGUGUGUUGGGUAGGAGCCUUCCUGCAGCUGCUCCAGUGGUGAUUUCCUAUAUAUGGUUAUCACCUCCCCUUCUUUCCUCCCCUAUUUCAGGGCAAGAUAUGUCUGAAAAUGAACUCGCCAAAAUUCUUGACAAACAUUGCCUUGAGCGGCACAAUUUCCCGGAAUGGUUUCGAAAUCUCGAGAUCGUUUUGAUCAAUGAGAAAAUUGCAUAUGUGCUUGAUAAGCUGUUCCCUCAUCAACCUCUUGGUAAUAAUGUCACUGAGGAGGAAUGUGCUCAAUAUGUUAAGCACAUACAAGACGACACACAAGCUAAAUGCUACAUCCUUACUUCCAUGAACUCUGAGCUUCAGAAGCAACAUGAGCACAUGGAUGUUGCAAUUGAUAUCAUAGUUCAUCUGCAAGAGCUGUAUGGUGAGGGUACUUGUAACAGACGGUUUAGUGUUGUCUGUGAGCUUGUGAAGACCAAGAUGGUCAAGUCCACCAACAUGGGCUGA